AUGCUUAUCAAUGCAUUCACGGCUGCACAAGCUGGUAAUAUAAAUCCAUCACAAGUACAACCACAUAUGCAACAUACAACUACGAAUCCUUAUCAUCAUACAAUGGAUCCAUCAAAUUCUAUUCUAUCACAUUCUGGUCCACAAGUUUCUCAUGGUAUAAAAACAACAAGUGAUGAUACAAUUCCUGGUAUGAAAAGUGCACCAUUAGCACCACUUGGUGAUACUAUUCCACCAAUGCCAUCAGUUUCUCAUGAACAAGGUGUAGCAGCAGGUUCAGGUAAUUCGUACAGACACUUAUUUUCAAAUUAUCCACCAUUACAAUCAACAAGUGAUGAUCGGAACAAAGUGCAAAUGAAAUGUAUUAAAGGUGAAUAUGAAAGAACGUAUCGACAACCAACAACAUCAUAUUCUCCAAAAUCAUCGUCAUCAUCAUCAACCACAACAUCUAAAAUGGUUUCAUCAUCUACAGAUGGUGGUGGUGUAGGAUCACAAUUUAUUUUCAUCUGGAAUGAGCUCGUUCACAACAAAACAUACAUAUAA